CCGCUCCCUGCCGUAACGCACUAAACUACACGGACAUUAGCGGGCGCAGCGGCGCAACCACCGGAGGGGGAUUAAAAACAGCGUGCGCGUCAGGAGAACCGCUCAAUUACCGACAGUGUGAACAAAAAAUAACCUCGGUGUUUAUAUCUCGAGUUCUCCGGCAGGCAGUUUGCAGCUGCUUUAAACAGCAGAGAGAAAAAGAAAGAGGGAACUCAUUUAGUGUCCUUUCCGUGCGUCGUGAUUGAGUUUUAGCGAGCCAGAGGGGGAGAGAGAGAGAAGGGGGAGAGAAAGAAGAAAAGCUCGGCGGGAAUGGCUUCAUCUCCGUGCGGCAGCAGUAACUUUGAUUCCGGCCUGGAGAUCAAAACUCGCUCCGUGGAGCAGACGCUUAUUCCCUUGGUGUCGCAGAUCACCACGCUGAUUAACCACAAAGACAGGCCAAAGAAGUCUGAGCGGACCUUGGCCUCUAUCCACCGUGUGGGUCAGGCAGUUAGUGUGGCAGUGGGUCGUUUUGUCGCUGUUGGGGAGGCCAUUGCCUCAGAAAACCAGGAGCUGAAGGAUGAGAUGGGUCAUGCAUGCUUUGAGGCUCGCAGAGCAGGUGAUGCAAUAGCCCAGCUGACAGAUGUAGGAUCAGCCAUGCAGCCCCAGACAGAUGGGCGUGUCACGGUGUUCAGUGAUAGGACCGGGAUGGUAAAGGCUGCCCGCCUGCUCCUCUCAUCAGUCACUAAAGUCCUCGUCCUCGCUGAUCGCAUCGUCAUCAAACAGAUCAUCACGUCACGCAACAAGGUUCUUGUAACACUCGACAAACUGGAAAGAGUCAGCACCUUCCAGGAGUUUGUGCAGAUUUUCAGUCAGUUUGGCAACGAGAUGGUUGAGUUCGCUCACCUGACAGGAGACAGACAGAAUGACUUGAAAGAUGAGAAGAAAAAGGCGAGAAUGGCAGCAGCCCGAGCAGUGCUGGAGAAAUGCACCAUGAUGCUCCUCACAGCCUCUAAGACUUGCCUGAGGCAUCCGGACUGUGAGUCAGCGAGGAUCAACAAAGACGCCGUGUUCCACCGAAUGCGCUGUGCCCUGGAGCAAGUCAUCGAGAUAGUCACAGAGGCACGGACCUGUGGGGAGAACAAGGUCCUGCCUACAAGUAUCUACAACACCAUCAAAGACUUCAAGUGUAGUGUGGAGUGCCUUCGAGAGAACCUGCAGUCUUCAACACCGCAGAUCAUGGCCGGUCAGCUGGAGGCCCUGGUGGAGCGCACAGAGCACUUUACCGAUUCACCCUAUACCAGUCACGAGCAGCGGCAGGCCAUUCUCGGCAUGUGCCAGCUGGCCCGCCAGGACACCCAACAGCUGGUGCACGCCUGGAUUGAGGCGCAGCAGUCUGUACAUGCCAAAGAGGCCACAGAAGAGCUGGAGGUGGCAAUCCUGAAGACCUGCCAGAGCAUCAGUGACCUGAAACGAGAGCUCCAUAAGGUCGCAGUGGUCCGUGCCUCCGACUUGCUGAAAGCUCACGCCGAGCAUCUGCCUCUGAGGGCCCUCAAAGCCGCUGGUGCCGAAGGGAACCUGGAGGCAGUGGCGGAGUAUUCGCGGACGCUCACUGAGCAGAAGGAGCAGCUGGUAGAGACCUGCAGGCUACUGUGCCAUGUGUCGGGGACGGAGCCUUUAGAGAUUACCUGCAUACAUGCAGAGGAGACCUUUCAUGUCAUUGGUCCACAGAUCAUCUCAGCUGCCCAGACGUUGGCCGUUCAUCCAUCUAGUAAAAUUGCAAAAGAAAACCUGGAGGUGUUCUGUGAGGCCUGGGACUCACAGCUCUGUGACAUGGCUCUGCUGCUGAAAGAGAUCAACAAUGUCUUUGAAGGAAGACGAGGUGACAAAAAGCCGUAUUUGUCUUUACCAAGACCAGGGAAACACUCAACUAACUUGAAGAAUGCAAAGGCUGUCAAGCUGGAUGCAGAGGAGCAGACGAGCAUGGCCAAGCUUGGACUGGAGCUCCGACUGCUCUCGUCUGAUGUGGACUCCGAGGUGGAUAAAUGGGAGGAGCAGGAACACGACAUUGUGCGGCAGAGCCAAAGCCUCGCCAGCAUGGCAUACAACAUGUACCUGUUCACAAGAGGGGAGGGGCUGUUGAAGACAACACUGGAUCUUUUUCAUCAAGCUGAGGUUCUGUCUGAAGAGGGGCUUCAGCUUUGUUCAUCUCUGCGCACAUUUUCCUCUCAGCUGGUUGAUGAGGAAAAGUCUGUGGUGAUCAUAGAAAUGGAGAAAUUGGUGACACUUUGCCAACAGCUGCAGAUGGGGGCCAAAACUCCAGUACAGGGCAAGACUGCCACCUUCCAGAAGGUGGACUCAUCGAUUCAGACAACCAGAAACAUCAUGACUGUGAUCCUCUCCCUUCUCCCUAUUACUAACAAGCUAAAUAAAAAGCACAAGUCAGAGAGGACGAGCCUAAGUUCCCUGCCGGACUGGGCAGAACGACAGGAUUCAUCCACACCAGUCAAAGAGGAUGGGGCUCUAAGCAGCAAAAACACAAACGGCUUUGGAGUCAAAUCCCUGGAGCAGCACAUGGCCAGCCUCAACCUCCUGGAGAGCAAAUAAGCCAGGAGACCGUCUGCGUGUUUGUUUUUCCCACUGUUGUCACAGCAACACAUAGUCAAGCUUAAAUCUGUGAAAUUAUCCCAUCAUUCCCUUCAAUCACUACAGGGUGAACUUGAAAUUUACGGCAAAUAUGGCUGACUUGGGUCAGACAGAGGUCAUAUUUGACUUGCGGGGGAAGGGGGGGGCGAAAUAUACACCAUGUCCAAUCAAAUGGAUUUAUUCCACAUUUAAUUGAACAACUAGAUGUUUCAAAGUUGAUAAUAGGACAAUCAGCCAACAGGAUGAGUCUUCAAAUAAAACACUCAGAUUUGAUGAUUAAGGGUUUCUACAGAAGUACCGGUAUAUCAAAAUUCUAUGUUUCCAGACAAAAUUUUUAAUUACUUUCAAGAUCUUUUCUAAAAUCCUUGAGAUUUACAGAAAAAAAAAAGUUUUGUCUUUGAUUUUUCAGGUCCCAAAAUGAUGAAACACCACAAUUUCACAAUUUAGAAACUGGCCAUCAGUUGUCUUUGUGAUAUAUGGCCAUCUAAUAUUUUUGGGGCAUCUGGAUUGUAUCACAACAGCUCAUCUU